AUGCGGAUACCCUUCUUCACCGCCGAGCACGCCGAGAUAGGCAAGCGGGCCCUCGACGUCGACCGCGAGGUGAACGCCGGCCUCGUCGAGCGCUGGACAGAGGUGGAGGGUGCUGAGCUUGUCGUCUACGUGCGCGCCGCCACCGUCCGCCUCCUGCGCCUGGCGUCCAACUCGUUCCUCUCGUCUGCCGACCUCGUCCUGCGCACCAUGGGCGAGUUUGCCCCCGACCCGAACGAGGUGCUCCCCACAGACGAGGACCUUGACGUCGUCGCGUCCAGGGCGCGUGCGGAGGGUGGUGGUCGUAAGGGCAUCGAGCUCACUGGCGGCGCCGGCGCGGGGUCGGGCGAGGAGCUCAAGUGA